UUGAGUCGUUACCAGUGUUGUGGACGUGCAAGGUGAAUCAGUAGUUAUUCAGAAAUUUCCGUAAUCAUCGGGAAUGGCACCGGUUAUAAAGAAAUGCUUCGAUUUCUUGGUGAUUGGGGGUGGCUCUGGUGGCAUCGCGAGUGCAAGGCGAGCAGCAGAGUAUGGGGCUCGUGUUGGGUUGGUAGAAAGUGGUCGUCUGGGAGGUACGUGCGUCAAUGUUGGCUGUGUGCCUAAGAAGGUGAUGUUCAACGCAGCCGCGCACGCAGAGUUGCUACAUGACCACAAGGACUAUGGAUUCAAUGUUGAGGUCAAGGGAUUUGAUUGGGGUGUCAUCAAGAAGAGGAGAGAUGAUUAUGUGUCUAGACUGAACAAUAUCUAUGCAACCAACCUGGACAAGAGCAAGGUCGAUGUUAUUCGUGGUCACGCGACACUUACAGAUGAUCGCAGUGUUGAGGUGAAUGGAGUGAGAUACUCUGGCGAUCACAUACUCAUUACUACAGGUGGUUACCCGAUCGUACCCAAGCUACCUGGGGCUGAGCUCGGCAUAACAAGUGAUGGCUUCUUUGAAUUGGAAGACCUGCCUAAGAAAUCGGUCGUCGUUGGAGCAGGAUAUAUCGCUGUAGAAUUAGCGGGAAUAUUGCAGACGCUGGGUUCAGAUGUGUCCCUGCUCAUCAGGUACGAUAAGGUGUUGCGUGCCUUUGACUCGCUUGUCAGCACAUCGGUGACGGGCGAGCUGGAAAAUAUUGGUGUCCAGGUCAAGCGACAAACUCAGACCAAUUCUGUCACGAAGCAGCCGGAUGGUCGUCUAAUGGUGGAAACCACCACCGGUGCCAUAAGUGAUGUUGAUUGCAUCAUAUGGGCGAUCGGGCGUGUGCCUAACGCUGACUUCGGCCUGAGGAACAUCGGGGUCGAGCUUGAUACCAGAGGUCACAUUAAGGUCGACGAGUUCCAGAACACGACCGCGGAGAGGAUCUAUGCCCUUGGUGACGUAUGUGGCAAGGCACUUCUGACUCCCGUUGCCAUAGCCGCAGGACGCAAACUUGCAAUGCGGAUCUUCGACAAGCAAGUUGGCGCAAAGCUGGACUACAACCUGAUUCCAACAGUCAUCUUCAGCCAUCCUCCUGUCGGUACGAUCGGGAUAUCGGAGGAGGAGGCUGUGAAGGAACAUGGAGCAGAUGCCGUGAAGGUGUACAAGUCUACGUUCUUGCCGCUGUACCACGCCGUCACGGACCGCAAGGUGAAGGUCUCGAUGAAACUCGUCUGCGUUGGGCUGCAGGAGAAGGUCGUUGGUCUACACAUGAUUGGUCAGGGCUGCGAUGAGAUCCUGCAGGGAUUCGCCGUUGCAAUGAAGAUGGGGGCCACAAAGCGCGAUUUUGAUGAAACAGUCGCGAUACAUCCGACUUCCUCUGAGGAGCUUGUGACAAUGCGUUAGAUAAGCAAGUAGUCCUCGCUCCAGAUGUUCAGUGCAGCUAUCGCUUGUUGGCUCUAUCAUAAAUUUUAUUUUCAGUAAUAACAUUGUUUAAAUAUAGCACUCAUAAAUAUAAACUGGUUCACGAAUUCCAUUCCAUUCGCAUGCGUGCAAUGGACCAUAUAAUACCAAAAAUAUAUCAUUAUUAGUGUAGGUACUAGGUAUGUAUGCAUAUCACUUGAUGUGAUUUGAUAUAUAUGCAUUGAUAAAUUUUUGGUAAUAAUGAAUUCUUGCCAUGUCAGGGGCGUGUACAGGAUUUGUACCAGGGGGGGUCUGACCGUAACCCAAACUUGCGAGCACGCGAAGGGGGU